AUGGCUGAUUCGGCCAGGUCAUCGGACAAGAUUCCCCGGUCCCCCUCCAAGGCGAAGGUCGUCCGCUCGCAAAAGAUCUCCGGCCCGGCACAGACUCCUCCGCCGGGCGUCAUCGGUGGCCUGCCUGACGACCUCGAGGAGCUGAGCGACCGUGACGUCGAGCACCACCGCCGCCUACCCUCCGUUCCGGGUGGCACCCUCCCCCGUUCCCACACCCCAGGCCAUCUCUCCUCCAAGAGCCAAGAUCGCCGUCGCAAGCCCUCCGAGCUCUCCAUCCGCCAACGCUCCCAAUCCGCCUCGCAAGCACCCUCUCAAGUCCCCCCGACACGCACAACUCCCACGAGCGCGAACCCCCCUAAACCCCCGCCGACCUCAUAUCGACCAACCGGCGCAGAUGCUCCCAACUCCAGCAACACCAACGACGGCUCCGAGUCUGCCGGCGGCCCCGGCUCAGACCGUGACGGCCGCCGUCCUGUCGCCAUGCGCUCUACAUCCGCCAUAGCCGGAAAGGCUUCAAUACCCUCCUCCUCAACAACGACACGUCAGCUAUCAACCGCCGCGGCCGCCGCACGAGUCGCCGCGAGGGGGGCACAUGUCCCCUUUCCACCUCUCCAGGACCCCAAUACAGCGCCAGAUGUGCCUCCAGCUCCAUCCUCGGGCAUGUACUGGUCUCGCGCACCCGUAUCGGGUGCUCCUCACACCUCCCUCCGCGCCCAUACCACAACGCUUGUCGGAUCCAACAUCUUUGUCUUCGGCGGCUGCGAUUCCAGAGCCUGCUUCAACGAGCUAUACGUCUUUGACGCCGAUGCAUUCUACUGGUCUGUCCCCCACGUCACUGGCGAGAUACCCGUUCCUCUACGCGCCAUGACUUGUACCGCCGUUGGCAAGAAGCUGGUAAUCUUUGGCGGCGGCGAUGGGCCCGCGUACUACAAUGAUAUCUACGUUCUCGACACCACAAAUUUCAGAUGGCAUCGGCCCAAGAUUAUUGGCGAACGUGUCCCCUCCAAGCGCCGCGCCCACACCGCCUGUCUGUACAAGACCGGUAUCUAUAUCUUUGGCGGCGGUGAUGGUGUUCGCGCCCUCAACGACGUCUGGCGCCUAGACGUCAGCGAUAUGAACAAGAUGUCGUGGAAGCUCGUUUCCCCCCCUGAGCGGGCCCCGCCUCCUGGGGUCCGAGAAACCCGCCCAAAGCCCCGCGGCUAUCACACAGCCAACAUGGUGGGCAGCAAGCUCAUCAUCUUUGGCGGUUCCGACGGCGGCGAGUGCUUCAACGACGUGUGGGUCUACGACGUCGAUGCCCACAUCUGGAAGGCCGUCACCAUCCCCGUCACCUUCCGCCGCCUAUCGCACACGGCCACCCUGGUUGGCUCCUAUCUGUUCGUCAUCGGAGGCCACGAUGGCAACGAGUACUCCAACGACGUCUUACUCCUCAACCUCGUGACCAUGACCUGGGACCGCCGCCGCGUCUAUGGUCUGCCGCCCAGCGGCCGCGGGUACCAUGGGACAGUCCUCUAUGAUAGCCGCUUGUUCAUCAUUGGUGGCUUCGACGGGAGCGAGGUGUUCUCGGACGUAUGGAUGUUGGAGCUGGCCGUGCAUGCAUAUUAUUCCCAAAUCAGCCAUUUCACCAUCGAGGUUUGA